UUUUGAAAUUUGAAAUUUAGUACAACCGUCUGCUUUUAGUACAAGUUUGACGUUUACGCACAAUCUGACAUUAAUGCAUAACCUCAACGUACGCACGCACAAGUGCACGCCGAUAUUGUAAACACAGUUUGCUGGCCGGUUUAGCGAGCAAUGGAUCUCAAAACAUUUAAAUUGCUGCAUCCCGUGAAGUAUUACAAGGAUUAUCUGGAAAACAAUAUCCGUCCCGAUGGGCGGGAGUUGGAAGAUCUUCGCCCUUUGGCAAUCAGCUUCGGUGUAAUCAACAGCGCAGAUGGAUCAGCGAUUGUGAAACUAGGUAACACAACAGUAGUGUGCGGGAUUAAGGCGGAAUUAGCUGCACCAAAAGCGCUAGAACCUCGGCAGGGAUUUCUCGUUCCGAACGUCGAUUUUUCCCCAGUAUGCUCACCAUCCUACCGGCCGGGUCCACCGUCGGAAGAAGCACAAGUUCACAGCCGAUCGUUGGCAGAUGCGAUAAGCAAUGCGCACUGUAUCGAUCUACAGGAUCUUUGCAUAUCGCCCGGAAAACUCGUAUGGGCUUUGUAUUGUGAUCUAACGUGCCUGGAUCAUGAUGGGUGCGUUUUCGAUGUCGCUAUUAUAUCACUGGUGGCCGCUUUACACACAGUGAAACUUCCCACCAUUCAGUACAACCAUGAUACAGGAGAAACAAGAACGGAUACAUCCACGUUUUCCCCGCUGUCGGUUCACUGUGUGCCUGUAACGACAACUUUUGUGAUGGUUUCCGAUCGAUUAAUAACCGAUCCAACUUCGGAAGAAGAAAAACUUGCCAGCACGACACUUACUGUAACGGUGAGCGAUGGCAAGAUGAGCUUUUUUAACCAAUCCGGAGGUGAUCCUUUCGACAGCGCUGCGCUUAAAAAUUGUACCGAUAGCGCACUGAAACGUGAACGCUCUGUGAGGCGGAUGAUUCAAAGCAUGAUGAAUAAAUUGAAGGGUGGAAAAGAUCAAUAAAAACUGCUGAUGACGUGGCGAUGGCACGCAAAAUGUUGAUGCGUUGAA